CGCAGAGAGACCUGAGUUGGGCUGCGGGGCUGCGGCCUGCGGCAGAGGCUUCUCCGGCGAAGGAGCCAAACCAGACCAGGGUGAAGUCAGUGGGAGGCGGCGUCGGCAUGGACGAGGCGACGAAGAAGAAGGUGGAGGCGACGGUGCUGGAGAUCCUCCGGGGCUCCGACAUGGAUUCCGUUACGGAGUACAAGGUCCGCUCCGCCGCCGCCGACCGCCUCGGCAUCGACCUCUCCGUCCCCGACCGCAAGCUCUUCGUCCGCGGCGUCGUGGAGGGAUACCUCACCUCCCUCUCCUCCCAGGAGGCGGAGGAAGAGCAGCAGCAGGGCGGCGCCGGCGAGGAGGCGAAGGGGGACGAGGAGGAGGAGGAGGAGGAGGAGGAGGAAGAGGAGGAGGAGGAGGAGGAGGAGGAGGAGGGAGGUGCGCGGAAGCGGGAAUACGAUGACCAGGGGGACCUUAUCCUCUGCCGCCUGUCGACCAAGAGGAGGGUGACGCUGUCGGAGUUCAAGGGCAGGACGCUGGUGUCCAUCCGCGAAUUCUACUUGAAGGACGGCAAGGAGCUGCCAACCAGCAAAGGAAUAAGUAUGACAGUCGAGCAGUGGGAAGCAUUCCGCAAUGCUGUACCUGCGAUAGAGGAUGCCAUAAAAAAGCUUGAAGAUUCAGACUGAGAACAUGUUUUACAUGCCUCUUCUUUUGCCUGUAUCAAAUCAGAAAAGCCCAUUCUGGGCCCCCAUAAGGGCCAUAUGUGGCCUGCAAAGUGCGUCAUAGUCUCAUGGAGCUACUAGAGCUCCAAUGAACUUAUGUAAAAGGUUUCACUUGGUCAAACUGCCUAGUGCCAUCUGUAGGGUAGACUGUAGACAGUUCGGAAUGUUUGCUGACGAGUAGUAAAGAGUUUGGAAUUUGUGCUAGCAA